AUCACUCAGUUCUCCAUCUCCAUCACCAAUUUCUCCCAAACAAACACCAUUCUCGCCAUUCUGAAUUCCGAUUCAUCAAAUUAACCUCACCAUUUGCAUUUGAGAUAUUUGAUCCACGCACCAACGCCAAUCUCGAAUGUGUAAAUCCGAAAUUGUAAAAUCUUCAAACUCGAGGAUCGUUUUCCGUCGGAGAUAGAUCUUGGAGUUCGAAUAGAGCAGAAAUUAGGAUUUCGCAUUCGCUAGGAGAUAGAUCUCGGAGUUUGAAUAAGUAACGCUAUGUUUUCCCUCGCGAUUACAACAUCGGUGAUGGCGUCGUCGGGGCCAGAGUGGAAACUCGCGCGUUGGUGAAAGAACUCUCUACUCCGAUGGGCAACAACUGCGUGGGACCGAACGUCGGUAACGGCUUCCUCCAGUCCGUUUCGGCGGCGGUGUGGAAGACGCGCCCGCCGGAGUCCCGCCUUCCGCCUCCUUCCGCCGAGACCAAAACCUCGACUCCGGUACCGGACGCCCAGAAAGCCUCGGAACCCGCCCCUUCAAAACCAGCGGAUCCUCCGAACCGAGUGCAGAACACGCCGCCCGAGCCGGUCAAAAUGCCCCAGCCGCUGGACCACGAGAAGCCGGCGUCGAGCCACACCGAGUCGACUCCCGGCGACAAGGCUAAGAAACCCACGCACGUGAAACGGGUGUCCAGUAUGGGAUUACAAGUCGAGUCCGUGCUGGGUCGAAAAACAGAGAACAUGAAGGAGUUCUUCAGCUUGGGGAGGAAGCUGGGGCAGGGGCAAUUCGGGACGACGUUUCUGUGCGUGCAAAAGGGGACGAACAAGGACUUCGCGUGCAAGUCCAUCGCGAAGCGGAAGUUGACGACGCAAGAGGAUGUGGAGGAUGUGAGGAGGGAGAUUCAGAUCAUGCACCACUUGGCGGGGCACCCCAACGUGGUUCAGAUCGUUGGGGCAUACGAGGACGCCGUUGCGGUGCACCUCGUGAUGGAGCUCUGCGCUGGAGGAGAGCUCUUUGACAGGAUCAUACAGAGGGGGCAUUACACCGAGAAGAAGGCCGCAGAACUUGCUAGGUUGAUUGUUAGUGUGGUGGAGGCUUGUCACUCUCUUGGGGUCAUGCACAGGGAUUUGAAGCCCGAGAAUUUUUUGUUCAUGAAUCAGCAGGAAGAGUCUCCCCUUAAGACCAUUGAUUUUGGACUCUCCGUGUUCUUUAGACCAGGUGAAACAUUCACUGAUGUGGUUGGGAGCCCGUACUAUGUGGCCCCUGAAGUUUUGCGGAAGAACUAUGGUCCAGAAUGUGAUGUUUGGAGUGCUGGGGUGAUCAUCUAUAUUUUACUCAGUGGAGUUCCCCCAUUUUGGGAUGAAACGGAACAGGGAAUAUUUGAGCAAGUUUUGAAAGGAGAGCUUGACUUUGUUUCUGAACCCUGGCCAAGCAUAUCUGAAAGCGCAAAGGAUCUUGUUCGAAGGAUGCUUGUAAGGGACCCUAAAAAGCGGCUGACAGCACAUGAAGUUCUUUGCCAUCCAUGGGUGCAAGUCGGAGGCGUUGCUCCUGAUAAGCCACUUGACUCUGCUGUCUUGAGUCGUUUGAAGCAGUUCUCUGCAAUGAAUAAGCUCAAAAAAAUAGCCAUUCGAGUAAUUGCUGAAAGUUUGUCGGAGGAAGAAAUUGCAGGACUGAAAGAAAUGUUCAGGAUGAUAGACACAGAUAAUAGCGGACAGAUCACUCUUGAGGAACUGAAAAAUGGUUUGGAGAGAGUGGGUUCUGUUCUUAAGGAUUCUGAAAUUGCUUGGUUAAUGCAAGCGGCAGACGUUGAUAACAGUGGUACCAUAGACUACGGUGAAUUCAUAGCAGCUAUGGUACACCUAAACAAGAUCCAGAAGGAAGAUCAUCUAUAUGCAGCAUUCACAUACUUUGACAAGGAUGGGAGUGGAUACAUUACACCGGAUGAGCUCCAACAAGCCUGCGAACAGUUUGGCUUGCAGGAUUAUCACCUGGAUGAGAUAAUACGUGAAAUUGACCAGGAUAAUGAUGGACGCAUUGAUUACAGUGAGUUUGUUGCCAUGAUGCAAGACACUGGAUUUGGCAAAAAGGGAUUUUAGACAUCAUGAGUAAAACUAUGGACCCCUUCAAGCAUUUUGUGAUCUAUUGAUCUUGCAACAUGAGAACUUGAUAAACAAUCUCACUCUCACAGCUAGCAUAAUCUCUUGCAGACGCCAGGUUAUGUAAGUACAUGCAUGCACUUAGAAAAAAUGUUUGAGCUUCAAGGAGAGGAAGCUUGAAUGGCAUGAUAAGCAGUGUUUAUGUAUUUACAAAUCAUUUUUUUGCUGAAUAUAUAACCUAAAGCAACAGAUCACAGUUUUUCCCGUUGAAUCUGUAACCCUUUUGUGGGGGUAAAUGGAUGGUAGAACGAUUUUUCAGCAUGUGAUCUAAUGAUGUUAGAAUGCCGGUUCGCACUCUACAUCAAAUUGGUGACAAAUUUCCGAAAGCAAUGUUGAAGGGCAUGCAUUUACGAGAGAUAUGAAUGUUCUUCCAGCUGUGAAGCUCUUGAGUCUUUAAAGCCAUGCCAUCUUUCAGUCACUCUCAAACCAUGUUGUAUCAACUCAUGUACCCUGUUUGCAUUCGUGUAUAGAGAGCCAACUUAUCUGUACCUUUGGUUUAAGGAUGCUUCACUUUAAGUGUAUACACAAUCAGUAAAUUUUUGUUCUUCUGUAACUUCCUAUUUUUGCCCAAUGAUACAAGUGGAUGA